AUGGGCAAGUCAUGGGCGCUCCUCACCCACCUCCACUCCGUCGCCGGGCCGAGCAUCACGCUGCUGUACCCUCUGUAUGCGUCGGUGUGCGCCAUGGAGAGCCCGUCCAAGGUGGACGACGAGCAGUGGCUGGCCUACUGGAUCCUCUACUCCUUCAUCACCCUCCUGGAGAUGCUCGCCGAGCCCGUCCUCUACUGGAUACCGGUGUGGUACCCGGUGAAGCUGCUGUUCGUGGCGUGGCUGGCGCUCCCGCAGUUCAAGGGCGCCUCCUUCAUCUACGACAAGGUCGUCAGGGAGCAGCUCAGGAAGUACCGCGGCAGGAACAGCCACGCCGACGCCGACCACAAGGUGCACAUACUCAAGGCCGAGGCUGACCAUGGUCAUGUGCACUGA